AUGCUCACACGGGGUGAUGGAGAGUCCUCGCGAAUACCCGUCUCGCCCUGCGACGCUUCGCUCUGGCUCUGCAAAGGCAUGUCCGCCGCGUGCCGCGUGCCCGGCGCCGAGUCGGCCCUCCGCCGCUCCAGAGGCCGUGGGCCUUCUUCUCCCUCAGCACCACCCUCAGCAUCACCAUCAUCAGCGCCAGCACCACCAUCAGCAGCCGCCGCCGCCCUCCUCACGGCCCUCUGGUCCCUAAGCUGGAACCUGCCCUCGAGGCAGCAUUCCCGCCCGCCCUCCUCGCAGGCGCGGCACCGCGCGUUUCCCCCCGCCCGCACGACGCACUUUCUGUGUCGCGCCCGACACGACGCGCACCCGUGCGAGGCCUCAUCAUCUCCGGGCAAAUUGCCUUCAACUCGGGCGAAGGGAGGGGGAAGAGGCGCAUUCCCCUCCCUCGCCCGCGUUGCAGAAGGUUGCAAAAGGGCAAGACGGAAAGUCGGUUGCCGGGCGCUGCAUUGGUCUGGACGGGAUUCGAGUGCGGCAGCAUCGUGGGAGCCGCAAGCCGCUGGUGUAAGGUGUACCCGCGGACGAGCUGGGUACUAA